AAUUAAUUAAACCCCACUAAUUAACAAUGCUUCCUCACAUGGCUUCUACUUCUUCCGCAACAAACUCUCCCCUCGCCUCUUUCACCGUCGAUUCUCCCAGCUUCCGAAGCCUCCGCCGCGACGCCGCCGCCCCACGCCGCCGGUAUCUCACUGUCAGGGCACACAGCAGAUUCCCGGACCAAGGUUCGAGCGACGCCGUGGACGCGAAUCUGGGCGUGCUGAGGGACAGGAUCGAGGCGGUGCAGAUCAAGGAGCGGCUUGAGCUGACGUGUUCCGCCGUUCUCCGGUCGACGUCGUUGCGAAUGAUGACGAGGUCGCCGCCGCCACCGCCGCCGCAGUCCACGUCGGCGACCUGCAGCCGUGUCGAGCAA